AUCUAUCAAAGCGCAUGAUUCUGAAGGAAGCGAUGAUGGCAGACGCAUUCUCUCUACCCUUAGAGUCUCUACCAGAUUGGCUUGAAAUUGAAAAUGUAGAUACGGAUGAUUUGGUUCUCUCUCAGGUUCUUCAAGAAGUCGAGGAAGACAUGUCGUUAGCCAAUGCGUCGGAAACAAUAGAGGAGAAUAUUAGACUGUCGCAAAUUCAUUCAAAUAUGGAACCAUUUUAUAACAUGAGUGUAUCACAGGCUGUGGAUUACUACCACUUGGGAACAUUUGAGCUAGGAGAUUUCUUGCUAACCGACUUAAAAGAUGAGGAUGUCGAACCGGUGCGUUUUACCACACCCGUUUUAGAUGAGGAUGUCGAACCGGUGCGUUUCACUGCACCAGUUUCAGAUGAGGAUAUAGAAAAGCUGAUAUCGUCUCAAGCAAACGCGAACACGAAAAAGAAUACAAAGUGGUCUAUUGGUGUUUUUAAUGAAUGGAGAAUCGCAAGAUCUAAACAUGGCGAUAGUAUUGCUGACAUACAUAUGCUCGAAGCUGCCGAAAUGAACCACUGGCUACAACGUUUCGUGAUUGAAGUGCGUAAUAAGAAAGGCGAGGAAUAUCCCCCCAAGUCACUCUAUAGCAUAAUAUGUGGAUUAUUGCGCUAUUGCAAGGACAUGAACGUGAAUGAUAAGAACUUUCUUGACGAAAAAGACUUGAGAUUUGUUACUUUCAGACGCGUCCUUGAUUCUCGGAUGAAAGAAUUGUUAUCAAAAGGGUUCGGAACAAAAGUUAAAAGAGCUGAUCCUCUCAGUCUACAAGAUGAAGAAAAUUUGUGGCAAAAGGGGUUUUUUGGAAUGACGAAUUCUGUAUCGCUCCAGCAUACUGCUUUUUUCUAUGCAUGCAAACUUUUUGGUUUGCGAGGACGAGAUGAACACCGUAAUCUAGACUGUUCCCAAUUUGAAAUUGGGACCGACCAAACUGGAAAGUAUGUGCGCUUCAUAGGGAGGAGUACAAAAACUUUCAAAGGAGGUUUAUCCCAUCUUAGUCUGGAUAACAAGGAUAUCAAACAUUACUCCGAAGAAGGUCCUCGGUGCAUUGCUACACAUUUUCAGAAAUAUUAAGAGGCGCUCGGUAAUGAUGGCAUCUUUUACCGUAAACCACUCGAGGGAAAUUCUGAGCAAACUAUUAGAUAUAGAAAGCAGGCUGUUGGCAUUAACAAAUUGGACCUUUUCAUGAAGGAAAUUUGUCAGAAAGGUGGUA